AUGCAGUCGCUCAAGAGAGCUACCAUCGUGACCCCCUGCACUAGGGCGCUGCCCUCCUCCGUGAGGUCGGCCCUGGGCGAGAGGAACUACGCUGCCCUUUCCCGCCUCGAGCCCAGCACCACGCUGCCCUACGAGAAGAUGAAGUCGAAAUUGAGCGAUGUCCGCAAGAGGCUGGAUCGCCCUCUUACCCUUGCUGAGAAAAUCCUCUACAGCCACCUCGAUGACACCAAGCAGGAGGUUGUGAGGGGCAAGACCUACCUCAAGCUGAGGCCCGAUCGCGUGGCCAUGCAGGACGCCACGGCCCAGAUGGCCGUGCUGCAGUUCAUGACGGCCGGUCUGCCCAAGGUCGCCGUACCCACCACCAUCCACUGCGACCACCUCAUCGAGGCCCACGUGGGCGGUGCCCAAGAUUUGAAGAAUGCCAAGGACAUCAAUAGGGAGGUCUACGACUUCCUUGCGAGCUCCUCCAACAAGUACGGCAUCGGCUUCUGGAAACCCGGUAGCGGCAUCAUCCACCAGAUCGUGCUCGAGAACUACGCCUUCCCCGGUGGUCUCAUGAUCGGCACGGACAGCCACACCCCCAACGCCGGCGGCCUGGGCAUGGUUGCCAUCGGCGUGGGCGGUGCUGAUGCGGUGGACGUGAUGGCGGACAUCCCGUGGGAGCUCAAGGCGCCCAAGAUCCUGGGCGUCAAGCUCACCGGCGCGCUGUCGGGCUGGACCGCGCCCAAGGACGUCAUCCUCAAGCUGGCCGGCAUCCUGACCGUCAAGGGUGGCACCGGCUACAUCGUCGAAUACUUUGGCCCCGGCCUCGACUCCAUCUCCUGCACCGGCAUGGCCACCAUCUGUAACAUGGGUGCCGAGAUCGGAGCCACCACGUCGCUGUUCCCCUUCAACCACCGCAUGUCCGCCUACCUCAAGGCCACCAGCCGUGCCGACAUCGCCUCCGCCGCCGAGUCCUUCAAGGACCACCUCGUCGCCGAUCCCGGCUGCGAGGAUCUGCAGAACAAGCUCUACGACGAGGUGAUCGAGAUCAACCUGAGCGAGCUGGAGCCGCACGUCAACGGUCCCUUCACCCCCGACCUGGCCACGCCCCUCUCCAAGUUCGCCGAGGCCGUGAAGAAGAACAACUGGCCCGAGAAGCUCGCGCAGGGCCUGAUCGGCAGCUGCACCAACUCGUCCUACGAGGACAUGUCGCGCUCCGCGUCGAUUGUCCAGCAGGCCAUCGACCACGGCGUCAAGGCCAAGAGCGGGUUCAUCAUCACCCCCGGCUCCGAGCAGAUCCGCGCCACCAUCGCUCGCGACGGCAUCAUCAACACCUUCGAGAAGGUUGGCGGUACCGUCCUCGCCAACGCCUGCGGACCCUGCAUCGGGCAGUGGAAGCGCGACGACAUCAAGAAGGGCGACAAGAACUCCAUCAUCACCUCCUACAACCGCAACUUCACCGGCCGUAACGACGCCAACCCCCAGACCCACGCCUUCGUCUCCUCCCCCGAGCUCGUGACCGCCAUGUCGAUCGCCGGCGACCUGACGUUCAACCCGCUCACCGACUCGCUCACCGGCGCCGAUGGCAAGCAGUUCAAGCUGAAGAGCCCCUACGGCGACGAGCUCCCGGCUCGCGGCUUCGACGCUGGCGAGGACACCUACCAGCCUCCCGCCGCCGACGGCAGCAAGGUCACCGUGGUGGUCGACCCCAGCAGCCAACGCCUGCAGCUCCUCCCCAAGUUCGACGAGUGGAAUGGAUCCGAUGCGAUCGAGAACAUGCCGGUCCUCAUCAAGGCCAAGGGCAAGUGCACGACGGACCACAUCUCCAUGGCCGGACCCUGGCUCAAGUACCGCGGCCACAUCGACAACAUCUCCAACAACAUGUUCAUUGGUGCCAUCAACGCCGAGAACAACAAGGCCAACUGCGUCCAGAACCAGCUCACCGGCGAGUUCGGCGCCGUCCCCGACGUCGCCCGCGCCUACAAGAAGGCCGGCGUGCCCUGGAUCGUUAUCGGCGAUGAGAACUACGGCGAGGGCAGCAGCCGCGAGCACGCCGCCAUCGAGCCGAGGUACCUGGGCGGCAAGGCCGUGGUGGUGCGCAGCUUCGCCCGCAUCCACGAGACGAACCUGAAGAAGCAGGGAAUCCUCCCCCUCACCUUCGCCAACCCGGCUGACUACGACCGCAUCAGCGGCAACGACCGCAUCACCAUCGUCGGCCUCAAGGACCUCGCCCCCGGCAAGCCCGUUACGCUCAGAGUGACGCCCAAGGAGGGCAAGCCCUUCGACGUGGUGGCCAAUCAGACCCUCAACGAGGGCCAGAUCGCCUGGUGGAAGGCCGGCUCGGCCCUCAACCUCAUGGGCAAGCAGCGUGCCUCCGCCCAGUAG